AUGACCGAAGCCGAGACUAGAUACCCUCAGAUGGAGAAGUUGGCUCUCGCUUUGGUCACCUCGGCCCGACGACUUAGACCAUACUUCCAAGCCCAUACGGUGGUGGUGCUCACUAACUUGCCCCUUAAAAGUAUCUUCCACAAGCCGGAAGCUUCCGGACGCCUAAUGAAGUGKGCAAUAGAGYUAAGUGAGUACGACAUCCAGUUCGMACCCAGAACUGCGUUGAAAGGACAAGYAGYGGCARAUUUCAUAGCCGAGCUCACACCACCUUCCGAGCUGAGCGAGUCCGACCUACCUUGGACAGUAUAUGUCGACGGAUCCUCCAAUGAGAAGGGGUGCGGAGCCGGGGUCCUCUUGCUCGGACCAGGGGGUGAGCGAUUUGAGUAUGCCUUGCGGUUCAGCUUCCGGACUUCUAACAACGAGGCUGAGUAUGAAGCAUUUAUUGYCGGCCUGCGAAUCGCUCGAACAUUGGGGGCCUCUUGUGUUAAGGUCUUCAGUGACUCCCAGCUGGUUGUGAGCCAGAUCAAGGACGAAUACCAAGCCAAAGACACCCGAAUGGAGAMGUAUUUGGGCAAGGUCAGAUCAUACCUCGCCCAGUUUCGAACUUACGAGGUAAGCCGGAUUCCGCGAGCAGAAAAUUCUAAUGCUGACGCCUUGGCCAAGUUAGCAUCGGCGUAUGAGACCGACCUCGCCAGGUCGGUCCCCGUCGAGAUCCUAGAUAAUCCCUCGAUCUUAGAACCAGAUCUGAUGGAGGUCGGCGCUCCAGAAUCCUCAUGGAUGGACCCGAUCACGGACUUCAUUAGGGGUAACUCACCACAAGAUCCCAAGGAGCGCAGAAAGUUGGCAAGGCGGACAGCUCGGCUCGUGGUCCGAGAUGGUGCAUUGUACCGACGUGGCUUUUCCCUGCCUCUAUUGAAAUGCCUAACCCCUGAAGAGGGCCUGUACGUCCUCAGAGAGAUCCACGAAGGAGUGUGCGGCAAUCACUCAGGYGCCCGGUCGCUGUCAGCCAAAGUGAUCCGGCAAGGAUACUAUUGGCCGACCCUCAGCCAGGACGCCAAGCAGUUCGUUAGAACUUGCGACAAUUGCCAACGCUACGGAACCAUAAUCCGCCAACCUCCCGAGCUGCUCACCCCCAUCUCGGCCCCGUGGCCAUUCGCGCAGUGGGGGGUAGAUAUCAUUGGUCAUUUCCCUUUGGGCAAGGGCCAGACCAAGUUCGCUGUGGUUGCUGUGGAUUACUUCACCAAGUGGGUCGAAGCCGAGGCGCUCUCCCACAUAACGGAAUCCAGGGUCACGUCCUUCGUAUGGACGAAUAUCAUAUGUCGCUUUGGUAUACCGCAGGCCAUAGUGACAGACAAUGGGAAGCAAUUUGACAACGCCAAGUUCAAAGACUUUUGCAGCAAACUUGGCAUAAGUCAUCUUAGCUCGUCCCCCGCACACCCGCAAGCAAAUGGGCAGGUGGAGGCAGUCAACAAGAUCAUCAAGCGAGGCAUCAAACUUAGACUGGACUCCAAGAAAGGCAGGUGGGUCGAGGAGCUACCAGAGGUUCUGUGGUCGUACUGGACCACCCAACGAGAGUCGACGGGUGAGACCCCGUUCUCCCUGGCCUUCGGCUCCGAAGCUGUAGUCCCGGUUGAGAUCGGCAUGCCAUCUGACAGAGUAGAGCAUUACGACCCUACGACGAAUGAGGAUGAGCUGCUCCUCAACCUCGACUUCCCAUUAGUGAAAAAAUCUAAACAACAAUGGACUUUGUAUGUGGAUGGUUCUUCCAAUGAAAAAGAUUGUGGAGCAAGAAUUCUCCUUCAGUCACCAGAGGGAAUACGUUUUGAGUAUGCACUACGAUUUAGUUUUGGGACGUCAAAUAAUGAAGCUGAGUACGAAGCCUUAUUAGUUGGGCUUCAGAUGGCGCAGAGUAUGGGCGCCGAAUGUCUCUUGAUUCUCAGCGAUUCCCAACUUAUAGUUAAUCAAAUAAUGGAAGAAUUCCAUGCGAAAGAUGGACGAAUGGCCAGGUAUUUGUAG